AUGGCUGCAAUUGACUUCUCCAGCGGGGUGACGAUCCUUCAUCAACAGCUCAAAGCACGAAAUCUCGAGAAGAAACUUCAGAAGGCUGGUGGACUGAGCAGCUGGCUGAUGUCAGUGGGGCUGGGGCAAUUUGUGAGGAUCUUCCGGUGUAGGCGCAUCAAUGAGUUUCAGCUGGCCAACAUGACAAUGAAGAAGCUCAAAGAUAUGGGUGCUGCUGCUGUGGGGCCUCGGAGGAAAUUGAUGUUGGGAUUUCAUGAAUCAUGUAUAGGUAAAAUUAAUAUAAAGAAUGUAGUAGAAACAAACAUAUAUUUUAUACAUGAUUCUCUGAAGGCAAAAGCUCCAAAAACAAUGGAGGAGACGGUAGCGGCGCUCGGCAAACGCCUCGACCAAUCCCUCGAUCGCCGUCCCAUCCCUCUCGAUUCCGCUUCUUCGACCUUCAUUCAGUGCCUGAACCGCCGCGUGUCGACCGCGAGCGGCGAUCUCGAUUUGCUCGACUCCAUGACGUUCGGGACCGUGUUGUUCGAGGAGGGACCUCAUGUUGACGAUGUUGAAGAAGAUACAGUCGAUGACUUAUCGAGCCCUCUCGAACUUGAUCCUAAUUCUCCAUUAUCAAAUGAUGGAUUUGACCGGCCAUCUUCAUGUUCGGGGCGACUUACUGCGGCGGUUUCUAUGACGAAGAGUUUUGAAGAAGAUUCUCUAUUUGAUGACUCCAUCAGCUUGAAAAGACUUGGUAUAUCUGACGUAGCUCUGGCCACAUUAGCUUCGGAAGUUAAAGGUCCAAAAUCAGUAGUUAAGGCAUCCAAAGAUGAGUAUGAAAGUCUUCCUUCCUACAUGAAAAGUCUUGCAUCAUGGGAGGAUUUGCUUAUAGCUAUCGAGAAGAUAAACUCAUACUUAAGCAAGAAAGAGAACUGUUCAGAAAACAAAAGCUUCUUUCAAGACGAAAUAUCAUCAUUGGCAUUGGGUGGGUAUAUAACAUCAGUAGUGAUAUGAAUCUCUG